AUGGUCAUUCACAGCAGGCUGGUCAAAGGUCAACUCCAGAAGAUGGGUCCUCUUCAGCCAAUGAACAUCUUCCUCCGACAGGAGUUGGACCGAAUGCAGUGUGUCAUCAGCAGCGUACGGAGCACACUCACUGACCUCAGACUGGCCAUCGAUGGGACCAUCAUCAUGUCUGAAGACCUGCGCGACGCCCUCAACAGCAUGUUCGAUGCUCGGAUCCUGCGCCUGUGGCUGAGGCUCAGCUGGCCAUCGGCCACGCUCGGCUUCUGGUUCAGCGAGCUGCUGGAGAGGAACCAGCAGCUCAGCGCGUGGAUCAGUGCCGGGCGGCCCAACCAGUUCUGGCUCACCGGCUUCUUCAACCCGCAGGGUUUCCUGACCGCCAUGCGCCAGGAGACGACACGCUCCAACCUGUCCAGGGGCUGGGCCUUGGACACGGUCACCCUUAGCAACGAUGUCACCAAGAUGAUGAGGGAGGAUGUCUCAGCUCCGCCCCCUGAAGAUGUGGGUGGAGUCUUUAUCUAUGGCCUCUUUCUGGAUGGAGCGGGAUGGGACAGACGUGGCGCCAAACUCGCUGAGGCUCCGCCCAAAGUCCUCUUCACCCCCCUCCCUGUGGUCCACGUCUUCGCCGUCAGCUCAGCCAACAUGGCCGACAGUAAGCGUCCCCCUGGCGGCGGGGGGCGGUCAGCCUGUACUCGUGUCCCGUCUACAAGAAGCCUCUACGCACCGACCCGAACUUCAUCUUCUCCCUGCAGCUGAGGAGCGUGCAGCCGCCCGAGCGCUGGACGCUGCGAGGCGCCGCGCUGCUCUACGACUGCAAGUGAUCCAAACGUUGUUGUUCCACAGACACAGACAGACACUCACCGUGGGGCUCUGCUGUGUCUCACUCAGACCUCCCCACAGGUUUCAGUUUGAGCUUUUUUAUUCUGAUGUUCUGAUAGUUUCCAUUUUUCUUCAGCACCAAACAUGUUUGUAGGUUUUUAGUCUGUUAAAUUUAUGAAAAUCAAAAUGUUUCCACCUCUCUGCAAGUCUCUAAUAAUCAUAAUAAUAAUCAUAAUAAUAAUAAUAAU